CGGCCGGGCCCGGAGCGGGCGGUGUCUCCCCGCGGCGCUUCCCACAGGGUGACGCGCGGACUGCCCUCCCCGCGGCCCGCCCGCCGGCCGCCUCGCCGCCGCCUCCCUCGCUCCCUCAGCGCGCAGAGCGCGGGCCAGCGGCCGGGGCGGAGGCCCGGGGGCGACGCGGGGCCUGUUGGAGGGCGGGCGGCGGGCUUCAGGGCGCCGGGCAGCUCGGGCUCGCGGCCGGGCAGUGCGCGGCGGGCCGGCGGCGGGCGCGGGUCUAUAUGGCGGCGGCUCUGUCGGGCCUGGCUGUCCGCCUCUCGCGCUCGGCCGCCGCCCGCUCCUAUGGGGUCUUCUGCAAGGGGCUGACCCGCACGCUGCUCAUCUUCUUCGACCUGGCCUGGCGGCUGCGCAUCAACUUCCCCUACCUCUACAUCGUGGCUUCCAUGAUGCUCAACGUCCGCCUGCAGAUGCCUUUUUCUAGUGGAACGAAAAGUUGUCAGGUUGAGAAUUACUCCUUUCUACGUGUGUUGUCAUACGUGACUGUGAAAGAAAACUUAGUACAUAACGCUGAGAAUUAGUUUUGUACCAUU